AUGGGCGGCAAGCUGUCGGAGGGCAUCAACUUUGCGGACGGGCUGGGCAGGUGCGUCGUGGUGCUGGGCAUGCCCUACCCCAACCCGUCAGACCCGGAGCUUCAGGAGCGAAUGCGCUACCUCGAUGCAACAGCAGCCGCCCCCACGGCUGCUGCGGCGCCUGGCGGCCAGACGCCUCAGGGAUCCAGCUCGCAGGCGCAGCCGCAGGGGGGCCAACGCACGGUCCAGGAAAUCAAACACCAGGAGGGACGGCAGCAGCAGGGGCAGCAGCAGCACGGGCAGCAGCAGCAGCAGCAGCAGGGGCAGCAGCAGGGCCUGACGGGGGCGCAGUACUACGAGGACCUCUGCUUCAAGGCCGUCAACCAGGCCGUGGGCCGCGUCAUCCGCCACCGCGGGGACUACGCCGCCAUCCUGCUGGCGGACCAGCGAUGGGUGGCGCCACCAGGCUGGGCGCCGGCCGAGCCGGGCGCGGGCGGCCCCCAGCAGCAGCAGCAGCAGCAGCAGCAGGAGCAGCAGCAGCAGCAGCAGCAGCAGCAGGAGCAGCAGGGUCGCGCCGGCCGGCCGCAUCCCGUGUCAAAGCUGCCGGGCUGGAUCCAGCAGUCAUUUGUCCAGACAGGCGGCGACUUUGGGGUGGCGUAUCGCCAGCUGGCCGGCUUCUACAGGGCGCGCAGGGCGGCCGAGCAGGCGGCCAACGCAGUCACCGCUGAAGCAGCCGCGCCUGCUGCAGUCGUGUGA